AUGUUCUGGAAACUACUGUGUGUGGCUUCAUUUUUGCUUGUGGACGUUUCGUGCAGAUCAAUUGCUAUUAAAGGAAACUUGAAAUGUGGAAAAUAUCCAGCUGGUCAGAUUCUCUUGCGGUUGUGGGAUUCUAGCCGAGUUGAGGGCACCUUGGAUAAGCUCAUCGAUCAAACCCACUCUGACAGCGACGGAAAUUUUGAUUUAACCGCUAAAGGAACAUUGAAGAACGGCUGGCAGCCUAUACUGAGUGUGCAUCACGAUUGCGAUGACGCUAAAAAC